AUGCGCCCCCGUGACGACAAGAAUUGGGACGAGCUGCUGACCGCGUUGAUUGAAGCCAACUUCCGCAUCGACGAGCGCGAACUCUUCUGCUACUGGACCAUCGAGUGGGAGGCUGUUACAAAGUUCAUUCGCAUCUUCUUCCCCAACGCCAAGCGCGAGCAACUGUACCAGCGCUGGUACCGGACUCUCGAGCCGGGUCUCAUCACUGGCAGAUACACCGAUGACGAGACAAAGCUCCUCUGCGACUUGGUGGCGCACUACGGCGGCGGCAAGAUUGAUUGGGGCGCUAUCAAGCGCAUCAUGCGCCGCAGCACCAAGAGCCUGCGCGACCGCUACAACAAGUACGCGCGCAACAGUCUCGUGCGCAGCCGGUUUGAACCUGCGGAAUGUGACGUGAUCGAGGCCGGGUGCACCGCGGGCCACAACCAGAAGCGCAUCACAGACGACCUCAACACCCUUCUGCGUCAACGCUCAGACCUUGCACGCAGCGUGGGCGAAAAGCACGGUAUCGAAAAGCCCAUGCGCUCGGUCGUGGACGUGGAGAACUACCUCAAGACCCUCGCUUCCUACAAGCGUCGAUCGAACGCCGGUCGCCCCGGCUCGGCCAAGAAGGCGCGUCAUCUCGAAGAGCAAAAGACCGCCGCUUGCGCUGCCAAUGAUUCGAUGCUCGAUGUCGCCAACUUGCUCGAGAUGUUCUGCUUGGACCUUCCCGACCUCCAGGAUGCCGAGAGCAGCCUCGACGAGAUCGCCUUGAUCGACUGGCCGUCGCACGAGUCCGACACCAUGCGACACUGGUUCGACGAGGAGCCUGGUCCGGUGGCACCCUCCACGCACUUUGGCGUCCAUGCCAACGUCGAUCUGUACGCACCUUGCAGCCAAGUCCCUCGCGAUGCAUCGGUUGAGCCCGUUGAUGCCGAACCUGCAAGCCGUCAUCUCUUUGCCAACUUGCAACGCCCGUCGGCCGACGUGGACCUCGACUCGCUGGAGAUGCUGCUCACUCGUAUCGCUCAGCACCAUGUCGCACUGCCCACGUCGACUUGGUAGCUUUAGUUUAUACUGUCAAUAUAUGUGUUCAUCCUUCCAA